UACAAGUUAUAUAUGAUUACACUUUACAAGUUUACAUUCUUUCAUCACUCUAUAUAUGUUAACUAGCUUAUGAUUAGUUUUGUAAUAAUAACAGAAAACUAGUAUUAUUGUUAUUAUUAUUAAUUGUUAUAUAUAUUUCGAAAUACAUAGAAUUAAAGUCAUUAGAAAGAUAUGGUUGUAAAGAGGAGUGAUGAUGAAGAAUCAUUGUUUGAGACAACCAAAUCAAGAGGGAGGUUCCUACAUAGGCUGUUUUCACUGUCUUUGUUUGUGGCCAUCUGCUUUGUCUAUGCUUACCGGUUGACCCACGUACCCACCGGAGGAGAAGACCACGGCGGCGAAGAUUACUACUAUGGGACAUGGACUUGGCUCGGGUUGCUCGCGGCGGAGCUGUGGUUCGGCCUCUACUGGGUCUUGACUCAAGCCGUCCGGUGGAACUUAGUGUUUAGGAAAACCUUCAAAAAGAGACUCGCUCAAAGAUAUGAAGAAAGCAAGUUACCAGAAGUGGACAUAUUUGUGUGCACAGCAGAUCCAGAAGUUGAGCCACCAAUAAUGGUGAUCAAUACAGUGCUGUCUCAUAUGGCUUAUGACUAUCCUUCUGAGAAGCUGAGUGUUUAUCUCUCUGAUGAUGCUGCUUCUGAGCUCACUUUCUAUGCUCUUUUGGAGGCUUCUCUCUUUGCCAAGCAUUGGUUACCUUUCUGCAAGAAAUUCAAUGUUCAACCUACGUCUCCAGCUGCUUAUUUUAAUAAUAUCCUUCUUCACCAUAAUCAUGCUACUAAAGAAUUCGCAAACAUUAAGAAAUUAUAUGAUGAAAUGAAAAAAAGAAUUGAAGAUGCAACUAAAUUGGGAAGAGUUGCGAGUGAAGAACGCUUGAAGCAUAGAGGAUUUUCUCAAUGGAAUUCAUAUUCUUCUCGACGUGACCAUGACACAAUUCUCCAAAUAAUACUGCAUAAAAAGGAGCCGCAUAAUUCUAAAGAUGAAGAUGGGAAUUAUUUGCCAACUCUUGUGUAUUUGGCUCGUGAGAAGAGACCCCAACAUCAUCACAAUUUCAAAGCUGGAGCCAUGAACUCUUUGCUAAGGGUGUCAUCAGUGAUUAGCAAUGCGAAGAUCAUUCUAAAUGUAGAUUGUGACAUGUACUCAAACAGUUCAGAAUCAGUGAGGGAUGCUCUUUGCUUUUUGAUGGAUGAAAAGAAAGGUCAUGAAAUUGCUUUUGUGCAAUUCCCUCAGACUUUUGAGAACAUUCUCAAACAUGACAUAUACAGCAGCACUCUAUUAUCAAUUGUUGAUGUGGAGAUGCAUGGUGCGGAUCAUUAUGGUGGCCCUUUCUAUAUUGGAACAUGCUGCUUUCAUAGGAGAGAUGCUCUAAGUGGGAUGAAGUUUAGUGUUGGAUACAAGAAUGAAUUAUUAAAGAGUGAGAGAGACAAUUCCAUAGAAGAAAACUUGCAUGAAUUAGAAGUAAAAUCAAAGGCUCUAGCAAGUUGCACCUAUGAAGAAAACACACUAUGGGGAAAAGAGAUGGGUGUGAGAUAUGGGUGUCUAGUGGAGGAUGUGAUGACAGGAUUGUGUAUACAUUUGCAAGGAUGGAAAUCAGUGUACUAUAGCCCACCAAGGAAGGCUUUCUAUGGUGUUGCUCCAACCACCUUGCUUCAAGCACUUGUUCAGCACAAGAGAUGGGCUGAAGGACAAGUUCAAAUUCUUCUUUCUGAGCAUUGUCCAGCAUUAUAUGGCCAUGGAAGGAUCAGCUUAGGCCACCAAUUGGGAUAUUCUUACUGCAAUUGUUGGGCACUCACCUCCUUAUCAAAGCUAUAUUACUCCAUCAUCCCUUCACUCUAUCUCCUUAGAGGCAUUCCCUUGUUUCCAAAGAUGCCUAGCAUAUGGUUCAUACCUUUUGCAUAUGUAAUAGUGGGUGAAAGUGCUCGCAGUUUGUUGGAGUUUGUGUUAUUUGGAAGCACAAUCCAAGGUUGGUGGAAUGACCUAAGGAUGGUGCUGUACAAGGGAACAAGCUCUUACCUAUUUGCUCUCAUAGACAGCAUCUCCAAGUUAUUUGGCCUUCCAGAUUCUCCCUUUACAGUCACAGCUAAGGUCAUGGAGGAAGAUGUUUCCGAACGAUACGAGAAACAAGUUAUGGAGUUUGGAGCAGCUUCUCCAUUGUUCACUGUAUUGGCAACAAUUGCAUUGCUCAAUUUGUUCUGUUUACUUGGCAUUUUGAAGGAGUUAGCCCUUAGUGAAGACUGGUUUGAAACUUGUAAGAAAGUGUCCUUGCAAAUUCUGUUGUGUGGGUUCUUGGUACUUAUCAAUAUUCCUAUAUACCAAGGACUUUUCUUAAGGAAGGAUAAGGGCAGAUUACCAAGCUCUAUUGCCAUUAAAUCAACAGUAUUGGCUCUAAGCACAUGCAUCCUCUUCAGCAUGUUGAAAGAUUAAAUUAUUGUAUUGUGUGCAUUUGUCUUUUAUUUGGAAGAAAAAUAAAAUAAUUUCAUAAUGAAAUAAGGGAUUCUUAUUGUCA